AUGCGCAAAGAGCUCGAGACGAAGCUCCGCACCGACUUUCCCGAGCUUUACGCAAACCUUCAAUACAAGCAAUUCGAGUCUCUCGACGGCUGGUAUGACAUUAUAUACCGCCUCUCCGCCAACAUUGCCGACAUUAUAUCCAAUCACGACGAUAUGAAACAAAAUGUCUACACCGCAUUUCAGGUAAAGGAAAAAUUUGGGGCUCUUGUAUUCUACAUCAACCGUUUUACCGAUGAGAUUUACGAGGCAAUUGCAAAGGCUAGCGAGGAGAGUCUGCGUACAUGUGAGACUUGCGGAGGUGAGGGGAAACUGCUAAAAGAUUCGUGGUCGUGGCGGACGAUAUGUGAUGGAUGCGAGGUGGAAAGAGAGAGACAAUGGCAGAGGAUCAAGGCCGGGGAUUCUGCCGCUGUCCCGCCCGUGGACGACAUGAAUUAA